AUGGUUGAAUACGUGCAGAUCAACGGAGCGAAACUUGCGUAUGUGAUCUCGAGCACCGACGCAAGCAAGCCUUUAUUCAUAACGCUUCAUGGUGGUCGGGGUUUCGGAAGCCACGAAAGUGACUACAUAGCAUAUUCACCCUUGGCGAACAAGUACAGAAUCUUGUCUUUCGACUACCGUGGGCAUGGAAGCAGUUCUAGCACCAAGCCAUACACGUUCCACCAGUUGGUAGAGGACAUAGAGGGCAUGCGCCAGCAUUUUACUGGCAAUAUCGAUGAAUUCGUGCUGUGCGGGGGUAGCUUUGGCGGCUAUUUGGCGCAGCAGUACGCAAUCACGUACCCGCAUCACAUCUCACAUUUGAUCCUUCGCGGUACUGCACCCUCACAUCAUCACGAGGGAGAAGCUAUCAAAGUGCUCGAGAAGCGUCUCCACAAAGCUCCGAGUCUCUCAGUGAACCAACUGAAGAACAAGAUCUUCGGGCGAUUCGAAAGCGAUGAAGAAUUUCGGCUAGUUAUGCAUGCUGCAGCACCUCUGUACAGCGAGACGUUCGAUGCGGAUGCAGCCUUGUCGAAUACGUUGAGGACAAUGUACUUUGCAGAGUCGCAUAACGAUCUGUACUCGGAACGGGAGAAGUACUUCGACUAUCGCGCAGAUCUGAAACAUAUUGUAGCGAGAACGUUGAUCAUUGUCGGUGAUCAAGACUGGAUAUGUCCACCAAAACAAUCGGAGAUUAUAGCGUCUCACAUUCCUGGUUCCCGCUUGGAAAUAUUUCGAGGCGCAAACCAUAGCGUGCAUCAUGAAAAGAAUGAAGAAGUCAUACGGCUGAUACAAGACUGGGUGGAAGAGUAG